AUGCCCGCCCUAAAUUCAGACAGGGCUUCGCCGGAGCUCCGUCGUGUUCUGUGGCCGCUUUUUGUCUAUUCAUUCAUGAACAUGGUGACAUCUUUCUACCCCCAAGAUGCGAAGCAAUUUUUCGAAUCCAAUAAGAAUAUCUUUCUUCCAGAACACACAGACGACAUUCGCGUUCUUGAGCCAAUCAGCCUUCCAGAGCAUGUGCAGGCUAACGACACUGCGAAGCUUUACCGCAACAACAAGUACCGGAUCGUUUUGAGCAAUCCCGCCUACACCAACCUCCUGCAGUUUCUUGAAAGUAAAGAAAGAGAAGGAGGCUCUGUCAUGAAUGCCAUAUUGAGCAGCUAUUGUACUAUUAAGACCAUGGAUCGAGCCGCCGAUGAUCGUUUCAGCUUUGCGGCCAUGUUGGGACAAAUUGGAGCCGGCCAGACUUUCCCCGCCGAAGAUGAAGGUAUCCCUGGCCACCACCCAGGCUCAGCUUACACGGGCGACAACCCCGCUAUGGCAGGAACUCUUCCAAGGCUCAAGCUUGGCAAGCUACCGAUGGAACAGGACUUGGAAGACGAUGUGCGUGCCGAGCUCGCGGAUGAGGAUGCAAAGGACCCUCCAGGCCCAGGCCGUAAUACACUCGUCCAGGAGUUUGAGCAAAUGAUCAAGAAAGAAGAGGAUGACGAGGCACCUACCCGUGCUGAUAUCCCUUUCCCUCCAUCCACGGCUCGCGAUGUAGCCAUUGAGAUUAUGAAGGUCAAGGAGAACAGGGACCGUUAUAAGAUCGAAGGUCGCACCGGUGGAGUUGGUCCUGGAGUCAGCGUGUGCAUGUUUACUUUCCAUAAUACCUUCGAUGGGAUCAAUUGUCUUGAUUUCUCAGACGACAAUAUGCUUGUGGCUGCUGGCUUUGCUCAAUCCUACAUUCGCGUAUGGAGCUUGGACGGUAAGAACAUCGAGGCGGCUUAUCCGGAUCUCGACGAUAUGGCACCGGCCAACUCCCGACGCCUCAUCGGACACGCAGGGCCCGUCUAUGCUGUCGCAUUCCCGCCCUCUGCCUCUAAGGCCGAGAAUAUUGUCGGUGAUGACUAUGUCCCAACCAAUGCUCGCUUCCUUCUUUCAUCCUCUGCGGAUAAAACUAUCCGCUUGUGGUCCCUUGAUACCUGGCAAUGUCUGGUCGUCUAUAAGGGUCAUGAUCGCCCCGUAUGGGAUCUGCGCUGGGGACCCUUUGGUCAUUACUUCGUAUCUGGAGGAUCUGAUCGUACUGCCCGACUCUGGGUUACUGACCAUAUCCGCCAGCAACGCAUUUUCGCUGGCCAUGACCAGGAUGUGGACUGUGUUUGCUUCCACCCGAAUUCCGCGUAUGUCUUCACUGCGAGUUCCGAUAAGACCGUCCGCAUGUGGGCGGUGACUACUGGAAAUGCCGUGCGAAUGUUCACUGGACACACUGGUAAUAUCACCGCCAUGGAAUGCAGUCGUGAUGGCAAGCUCUUGGCAUCUGCCGACGAUGCUGGUUCCAUUUUCUUGUGGGAUCUUGCCCCGGGUCGGCUGCUGAAGCGCAUGCGAGGCCAUGGAAAAGGUGGCAUCUGGUCUCUUAGCUGGAGUGUUGAGUCGACUGUCCUUGUAUCCGGCGGAGCUGACGGGACCGUGCGCAUCUGGGAUGUCGCGGGUCCUCAAGAUGGAAGCCAGGGCCGCGUGAUUGGUGAAGGGGGUGCUGGUACUAAGCUUGACUCGGGAAAUCCCCCUGCGAGCACCGCAGGCCAAAGCAAGAAAAAGAAGGGCAAGGAUGUUGUUGUCACCCCUGACCAGAUCAGUGCUUUCCCAACCAAGAAAAGCCCUGUUUACAAGGUCAAAUUCACUAAUAUGAACCUGGUUGUCGCUGGAGGUGCCUAUCUUCCUUGA